AUGCAUCGUUUUACCGAUAUCGAAUCAACUUCAAAACAGCUGCCACCCAUCUACAGCUACUUGACUCAUGAAUUAGUUUCUCUGUCAAAAGCUCUUGAACCGAUCUCUUCGACAAUUGAUCAAUUGGAUCGUUUUAUUAGAAUCGCGAAAAAUGAAUGUCAUUUUCCUUCCGAACAUGGACUUACCCGUGAUGAGUCAACUGCUAUAUAUCUUUAUACAAUGGAGUUGGGGGAAAAUAGCUUCUAUCAAGGAAUCAAUCGUGCCCUGCGUGCUGAAGAUCGGUCGUCAUUAAAACCAUGGUUUGCUUAUCUUAAGUUAUUCGAUGUAGCCUUACAAAAGUUACCAAGUGCUCAAAAGAAUCUAUGGCAUGGUGUUCCAAUAGAUAUAACGAGCAACUUUAAGAAAGGCGACGAAUUUACUUGGUGGGCCAUCAAUUCUUGUUCAACUUCUGAUAAUAUUAUCAAGGACCUUCUUCGACCCAAUUCAACAUUAUUUUCAAUUGAAGCAAAAAAUGGAAAAGAUAUUUCGAGCUAUGCCAAUUGUCCAAAUGAAAAUGAAGUUAUUCUUUGUCCAGGUACACGAUUUCGUGUUGUUAGUGACCCUUUAGAUCAAUCACCGAUGCAUUUAAUCCAUUUGCAAGAAAUUACUGAUGACGAAGAAGAAUCACUAUCGACAACUAUUAAAACUAUAACAACGACGCCCACACCAACCACUGCAUCUACUCAUACGCCGAUCAAUAUUCAAGCUUCACUGAUACAUAUUCAUAUUGAUCAAUGGGGUAACAGAUACGAAGGAGAAAUGAAAGACGGGAAAAAACAUGGUAAAGGCCAUAUAAAUUUUGCAAACGGUGAUAAAUACAUAGGUAUUUGUGUCGAAGACAUGAGAACAGGCCAAGGUGUCGCCAUUUAUGCUGCUGGUGAUCGAUACGAGGGACAGUUCAAAGACAACAAGAAGCAUGGAAAAGGUCAAGUGGAUUUUGUUAGUGGCGCUAGAUACACAGGUGACUAUAUCAAAAGCUACAAAACAGGCCACGGUAUCUACAUUUUUGCUAAUGGUGAUCGGUGCGAGUCAAGAUAUUCGUAA